AUGCCUCAGCAAACAGGUCCAUCUCAUCCAGCUGUUGCUCGUGAAGAUUUGGACUAUGAUGACUAUGAGGCUGCAUCAAUGCAAGAUGUCACGCCUUCUCAUGGCAGUUCCUCUGUGGCCCCUCGACCAGAAGAGGAAGUUGGAGUUCACAUCUUUCGACUUGAGAGGCCUGAUGGACACUGCUUCUUGAGGUGGUCAUCCUACAGGCGUAUUCUCUUUGACCUUACAAGAUGUUUGCUGAUGCGACGCAAUGAUGUGGUCGGAAUUCAUCCCAUGAUUGUUCCUCCAAUUGGACUCCAAGAACCUCAUGAGAAAGCUGUAAUCUUGCAGUCCAGAGUUGACCUCUUGCCUGGCUCAAGGGAACAAUUGGUCCUUAUUGAUUUGGAGGUUCAUUUUCAUGCGCUUCCUGACGGCCUUUUGAUCCCUCCUGCGGUGACCAGAAAGGUUUAUCGGGUCCUUCCUCCUGUACACAGAUCGCAAAUACUGAUCCUUCUGGGGCUCUUUGACUAUUGUGAACUUCAUGGAGAUCAUUGCACCAUCUUUCAAGACCACCUGAUCUGGCACCUUGAAGAUCGUACGCUGCAUGAUCUUCCACAUGGCACGUAUGUCCGAGUGAUCGUUCCUCCUCCAGCUGAUACGACAUUGGACACCCAAAGAGCCAUUGCGAUUUCAAGGGACUUUGCACUUGAAGCACAUCGUCCACACCAUCGACCUGAUUGCCAAGCACAAGGCUCUCAGUCAUGGAGACCUGAGCGACUUGAUGAUCACAGCACUUUCUUCCAGCUGGAUGUGCAGGCCUGUCCACCUCUUCCGGCACAAUACAAGGUUGCUCCUGAUCAAGUUGUUCAACCUGCCCUACUUGGCACCUCUGCUGGCGGUGAUCUCCCUUUACGAGCUCCGAGACCUUCGACCCGCUUUCAUGACAGGGACUUUGAGACCCUUCAGAAUCUGUUUCAAUCCCUCUCACUCAUUGAAUGUGAAGAGGAAGGUCAAGUAGCAUAUGUGGACACUUGGUAUGUGCAUCAUGCACAACAUUCCCGCUGCACUGACUCUCGUGCUGUGAAACUCUACCAAGACCCGGCAUCCUGGUUGGAAGACCUGAUUGCGCCGUGGGAGGACAUCAUUGACGAGACCAUUGAUAUUGUGCUUUACCUUGUCCGGCCGACACCGCCAUGUACAACCAUGGAAUGCCUGUUGGCCCACAUCAUCAUUGAACAGGCUCCGAGACCUGACAUGGUCGUUGGGCUGAUUUCGACCCAUGAUUCCAAUCAUCAAAGUGCUCUGAUUGACCACACGGCCUGGUCUCUUCCAUCUCUCAUCACGGCGAAUUCCAUCAUUCGAAUGGCUGAACAUCAAGUUGAAUGUCGUUUUCGCAGAUGCACUGUUCGAAGAGGCCCCCUGCCUUUUGAUCCAUUUGAUUUUGACGAAAUCGAGCCUGGAGUUGGGCUGGUCAUUUACCUUCAUCCUGCAAAUACUGGCUGGCUUGGACCGGUUCAGAGUGAAGAAAGUGAUCAAGGUUCUCUGCUUCAGACUCAUGGGCGACUACCUCCAGCUCUGGACGGCAUUGAUGUCCCGCACAAUGAUCCUCAUCAAAGCAGAUCGGAGAACUUCGCCUUCAACCCUUCUGCAAAGCGCUUCUGCCCAGGUAGUCUUUCGCAUAGCUUGACUUCUGCCAAUGUGCAAGAGCUACAAGAUCUUUGGAGACGUUCUGCCUUUAGCUGGGAGGGCGAGGAAGUUGUCAUCAAUGUAGUCACAUGGCUUGUGGACCAGUUCCACCAAGCACUGCAUUCCUGCUGGCGGCCAAGACUCGUACGACUUCAAGGAGAAGCUCAAUCCUGGGAACGACAAUUACGUCUGGCUUGGAAUGAUCUGCAACUUCCGGGUGCGCCCAUCUUGAUUCAUGUUGUGCAGCCUUCACCACCCAGCAGAGAUCAACAAGUCGCAGCUCAUUUGCUUCUGAUACAGAACCCACUGGAUGGUGUUUCCUCAAGUUUGCUCACGGUCUUUGACACUGAACGAGAUCUCAGUGGACCUACUAUGCAAUUUGCCCUGACCACAAGGGAUACUCUUGCGCUUGAUGACAUCAUCAAUGACCUGGGCCUUUCAGCUCGCUGCCUCUCCCCUAACGCUCCUUCAAUUUGCGGAGCUUGGAUUGGCACUCAACUCCUUGUCCUGGGUCGGCCUUUACCUUUGGGAGAUGGUUCAGGUAUCCUGUUUCAGGUUAGCCGAAGACCCACAAACCAGGACAUCCAAGCUCACUUGGCUGGCACCAAUCUUCUUCAGAUCUCAGCUCGAAGAAAGGAAGGACCACCUUCACCAGGAGAGGUGAAACAAGAACUGAGCAGCUAUGGGAUCUCCUGUAAAAUCGCGCUCCUCUCGGAUGACUUCACGGCGCUGGUUUUCCCCUUGGAUUUCCUGGCUGGACCUGAGGUACAUCACUUUGUGUAUGUCUCUCAGACUGAUCCACAUGAGAUUCAUCUCCAUACCUGUGAGACUGGCUUUGACCUUGAUGAGCUUGACCAUAUGAGACAUCUCUAUCAGCUGGGCUUUGAAAAAGCGGUGAUCCUCUCGGUCAUUCCCCAUGAAGUUGGAAUCAUUGAGGUCUCCUUCACGGUGUCGAUUGGAGCUCUUCAGAUGCCAGCCCAAAAGGCCAAGCAGCUCCCUGACUGGCCUCAACAACAACCUCGCCGUCCACCAGGGAAAAUGUUCAUCCCCAACUUCAAGGAUGACAGCGCACUAUGCAAUUUGCACUGUGGCAUUAGUGGGACAGAAUUGGGUGCCUUCUUCACUUCCUCUAAGAACACGCUGUGCACUUUUUUGACGGGCUUGAGCUACCUGAGAUUUGCGAUCAGUGAGAUCGGUAUUCCUGAUGCCUGGUGCUUUCUAGUUCUGGGAGAAACCUACACCUCUUCUACAUCUUCAGACAUCACUCUAAUUGGGUGGUCGGCACAUCAAGUUCGAUGCGGCAAAGAGCACAUGUGGUCUUUGGGAGCUGAUCGCACAGGCUCAGCUAUCUCUGAGCGGGAAGCCCUCACUUGGGCGAUGCUUUGGAGGAUCGGACAAAACUCCAACAUUCCCACAAUCUUCAGGAGCGAUUCGAUGUUGACACUUCAGCAGGCGCGGGGAGUCAUUGGUGCCCUUCAAUGUGAUGACUCCUUUCAGAUCCUUAGGGGAUGUGCUCAGCUUUUGGAAUCGGCUCUUGAUGCAGGAGGACUCCUUUUCGAUCACAUUCCAGGACAUGCUGGUGACCCCUUCAACGAAUUUUGCGACCACAUUGCGAAAGUUGAGGGAAGGAAGGGCUUCUUCCUGAAAAGACCCAAAUUGGAUCUUGCCACCUGGAGACCCAUCAUUCCUUUCCUUUGGAUGCUCUUCGACACCAACUCUGGAGUGCCUUCUUUUCAAGGACGAGGCUUCAAUGUUCACCCUCCUGACCUGCCACCAGUGAACGACCCCAGACCUUGUGCUCAACCCAUGUUGCGCUCCAAGAAGGUCGAUUUCACCAUCAGCAUUGCAACUGGGAACGUGCAAUCUCUGGGCAAAGGGGAACAUGGUUUUGCCGGCAAGCUUGCAUUUAUCCGAUCCCAAUUCCUGGCUUUGCACAUCAAUUUCUUGGGCUUGCAAGAGACUAGAUCGGAUGAGGGAUCGUCCUACCAACAUGGCGUUUUCAGAUUGUCAUCGGGGCACCUGCAGGGACAAGGCGGAGUUGAGCUUUGGUGCAAUCUACGUCAGCCCUCCGCCUUUGUUGAUCGCAAGGAGAUCUACCUUCAACGCAAACACUUUUGCGUAGCCCAUCGAGACCACCGCCGUAUUUUGGUGCGCAUACAACAUGAUCUCUGGGAUGCUUGGGCCCUCGUCGCCUACACGCCCCACAGUGGCUAUUCCUCAUCAGAAAGGUCUAUUUGGUGGUCUGACACUCAGGACAUUUUGAGCAACGCUGGAAUAGGCAGCUCAUCCCUCUUUGUUUGUAUUGACGCCAAUGCUGGUCUUGGAGACCCGGAUGGUUUCAGCGUUCUACAUGAUGGGUUUUGCACCACUUCGGGAACAAGAUUCUUGAGGGAUUUCAUGCUGGAAUUUCAGCUUUGUGCUCCCAUUGCAAGUCCUGUUCACAGUGGAUCGACCUGCACUUGGACCUCCCCAAUUGGAGAUGAGUUCACGAUUGACUACGUCCUCCUUCCCAAUGCCUGGCAAGAGCGUUGCCACCGCUCUAGGAUCCUGGAAGAGCUCGACAUGGGCAACAGAAAUGUUGACCACUCAGCCUAUGCUGUUGAGCUCGUUUGGGCGGACCACAAAGUCACUGGACAGCACAAAUAUGAGGAUGGCAACCGGGGUACUUCCUUUGAUCGUUCGCUCAUCCAGAGCAAGAUGCCCGUGCACUUUCACGGUUCUGCAGUUGCCUCUUGGAACACGGAUGUUGAGGAACAUCUUGUGCAGAUUAAUUCCCACCUGCAUUCCCAGCUUCGACGGUGGUGUCCUAGACCAAGCAAGGGCCCUGAUAGACCUUACAUCGACGACCAUAUUUGGCAGAUGAGAAAAGCAAAACUUCACCAUCGGCGUCAACUACGCCUUUUGCGGGGGCUUCUUCGACGGGAGACCAUGGCCCGGAUCUUCUCUGCUUGGAAGGAGCCACAGAACUGGAAGCAAGAUGGGCAGAUCAGCAAAGGCAAGCAGAUUGCUCUUUCAGAGCUUGUCCAGGACCUGGGACCUGCCACUUCAGCAUCAGAAAUUCAACAGCGACUCCGACCUUUUCUGGGAUCCACGAACAAACUUCGCCAAGGGCUGUCUCCUUUGCCUUUGAUCAAGGAUGCGGAGGGGAAACCCUGCACCUCGAAUGAAGCAGUGCUCAACCGUUGGAUCGAGUUCUUUAGCGAAAUGGAAGGAGGAGAAAGGAUGACUCUGACUGAGCAGAGACAUAUCUGGAGGUCCAACCUCGCUGCGUUGUCACAGUCCUGCUUCACCAUUGACAUCUCUGAGAUUCCCUCGCUUACUGAACUUGAACAAGCAUGCCGCCAAGUUAAAGCAGGAAAAGCAUCUGGAAUGGAUGGGGUCCCUUCAGAACUCUUGCGUUAUUGCCCGGCCACUAUGGCGAAGCAAUUUUACUCGUUGCUUCUGAAGAUUUGCCUGCAAGGACAAGAGCCUCUUGCCCACAAGGGCGGAUUCCUUGUGCCCAUUUGGAAAGGGAAGCUCGGCAAGGACACCUGUCAGGCAUUCCGCUCCAUCCUGAUUUCCUCUAUGGUUGGAAAGACGUUGCAUAAAGCCCUACGCACCAAACAGACCCAGCUCUACCAGAGAUUUCUACAUCCGCAGCAGCUUGGUGGACGCAAAGGUAUUUCGGUGAUUCUUGGAGGGCAUCUCAUCAGAGCAUUUCUUCGAGUCUUUGAAUCGCGCAAGCAACCGACAGCGGUGCUUUUCAUUGACCUCCAGGAAGCAUUUUACAGAGUUGUUCGCCCACUUGCCAUUUCUGGAGAAUGGACCGAUGAAAUCAUUGCGACCAUGGCCGCUCGUUUGCAGAUGGAUCAUCAUCUUUUACAUGACCUCUACGAGCACCUCCAGGCUCCCAGCGCGGUGGAAUCAGCUCAGAUGAGCGCUGCGACAGAGUUCGCACUGCGCACGGCUCACGGCCGGGCGAUUCUUUUUGCUGAUGUGGUCUUCGGGUAUUUGAUGGCCCGCGUGCUGAAAUCCUUUGACCACGAGCUGGAGCCCUUGAACAUCCUUUCAGAGUUUCCACAGGCGCCCACCAUAGAUCUACAGGGAUCGGGUCUUCCUACAUCUGGUGAGGGAACAGACCAUGAAGUGCCGAGCGCGCAGCGGCUUUUGGGUCCAUGCUGGAUGGAUGAUUUGGCCAUCCCGCUCACAGCCAACACCAAUGAGGAGCUCCUGAACAAUCUGGGGACUUGGUGCAUUUGCGAUCUGAAGACCAAGGAGUACCUGCAUUGCGCAAUUAUCCGGCUCUACAAAAGACUCUUGAGGUGCCCUAGGGAUGCACAUCUCUCUGACGAAGAGAUUCUCCAUCGCACAGGGCUUCCUGCGCCGGCCACACUGUUGAGGAUUCGACGUUUGAGUUAUUUGGGUUCCCUACUUUCAGUGGGGUCAUCUGCUCACUGGGGAUUACUCAACCUUGACAAUGCAUGGCUUGACCUUCUCAGAGAUGAUUUGCAAUGGGCCGGAGAUCAACUUUCUCGCUCCUGCAGUCUUGGAGAUCCUUUCUCCCAUACUGCCAGAUGGCUUGAAGUGAUCCAACACCAUAGGGGUUACUGGAAGAGGCUCCUUCGACGUGCUCGAGACCACUCGAUUCUGGUAGCCUCUCGAAAAUACAUUUGCACUUCGACACAUCUCCGGAUGAGGGAUCUACUGCUUCAACAAGGACGAUGGGACGGCCCUGGACUUUCACACAACAUUGCGUUGGACCCCUCGUCCUUCUAUGGCUGUCUUCAUUGUGAAGUUCGUUGUAAGACCCUGGCCGGUGAAGGGGCCCACAUGUUCAAGGUUCAUGGGAUUUCUCAUCCUGUUCGAACGCUGAUCCAUGGCACACAAUGUGGUGCGUGCCUUACGGAAUACUUCACACAAGGCAAACUCAAAGCUCAUCUCAUUCGUGCACAUCAUUGCCGCCAGCAGUUGCUGGGGCGGAAGAUCUGUCACACUCCUUCUGCUGGUUUAGGCUCCAUUGUCGACACCCAGCGUCAUACAGAAUGGGAUGGCAGACUUCCACCUCUACAGGCAGAGGGACCGAGGAACAAGCUUGCAGACCCCAGGGACUUUGACAUCGAGCAUUGCGAACUCUUUGAGGCCGUCUCCAUCCUCAUUGUCGAAUCCACGGAGGACACGAUUCAGGAGUUUGGGAACGAGUUGCGGCAGUUGCCUUCCAAACGGCCCAUUUCAUGGACGGCAUGGACUUCGACUUUUCGAAGCCUCAUCACCUUCUUCGAUGCAGCCGAGUUGGACGCUACGCCACAGAUGUGCGCAGAGAUCCGCAGAUGUUUACUUGAUGUUGCGAGACCGUCCUCUUGGUCUUUCCUUCAAGCAGACAAAGAAUGUGCGCAGAGCUGCCCUUCGCUUGGGGAGAUGGAGGAGAUCUUCGCCCAGACACAAUGGCGUGCGCCCACUGAUCGAGUUCCCCGACCCUGCAGUCGAGAACGCAUUUUCCUCCAUGUCUUCUCGGGACGUCGGAGAGCAGGGGAUUUGCAGUUUUACAUGGAGAAGAUGUUUGAUUCCAUUUGCCAAGACGGGUCCAUCCUCUGCGUAGUUUCGCUUGAUUUGGUUAUUGACGCGGAGUUUGGAGAUGUUCGUCGUCCGGACACGCAGGCAUUUUGGAAGCAUGGAGUUGCAGCAGGUUGGGUGCUUGGUGCGUUGUGUGGACCACCGUGUGAGACAUGGUCACAGGCGCGCUUUGUAGAAGAUCCUCUUCACCCUGGACGAGGCCCCAGACCGCUCCGUGACAGAGAUCAUCUUUGGGGAUUCGAAUCCUUGAGCUUGAGGGAGGCGCAGCAGGUUGCGACGGGUAACGAGUUGCUGCUCUUCACCAUUGAGUUGCUCUACGCCCUGGCAUGCGUUGAUGGUUUUGGCUUGCUUGAACAUCCACAAGAGCCUGAGGAACCUUCGCGCCCGUCCAUCUGGCAUCUGGAGGCGCUGCACCUUCUGCGCCGAUGCCCUGGGGUGCAGAUUGUCGAUUUUGCCCAAGGACUCCUAGGGGCGAACUCACCGAAGCCUACGCGAUUGCUUGCAUUGAAUUUGCCUGAUUUGCAGACACAUCUCAGGCGCCAUCAUGUGACCCCGGAACUGCCAAAGCGCAGUGCCAUUGGCCGCUCGGAGGACGGCUCCUGGCGUACGGCCCCGCUAAAGGAGUAUCCACCGGCGAUGAACCGGGCUCUUUCACAUGUUUUUUGCAAUUGGUUUCGACGGCAUCCUUUUUGCACAGAUUUCACCGUCGAUCCCAAAUUUCUGUCGCGGUGCCGCGCCAUGUCAGUGAGCGCUUUUGGCACGACCAUCGGCAGAGACUUUGGGGGAUGA